UUUUCAUCACCAUAUACCAACGGUGUCACGUGAUAAACGAUAGGGACGCCAAACUGCAAACUUCAGGGAUGACUGAAGUACAAAUAGUCUGAAAUCUUUAUCACUUGCUUACUGAGAUUGGCCUCAAACGUUUUCAUCUGUACAGGACCAAUGGAGGUGUCGCACUCUAUUCGGGAGCGCACGAUCUCAGAGAACAGUCUGGUCAUCCUCCUGCAGGGCCUGCAAGGCCAGGUGACCACCGUGGACCUGCGGGACGAGAGCAAAGCCAGAGGCCGGGUGCUCAACGUGGACGCCUUCAUGAACGUGCGUCUGGAAGAGGUGCUGUACCAGGAUCGCAAGGGACGCCUCACCAACAUGGCCGACCUGUUCAUCACCGGCCGGAACAUCCGCUACGUGCACAUCCCCGAGCACAUGGACAUCGUGGAGACUAUCAAGGCCCAGCUGGCCAAGAUUCACAGGGUGCGGGAUUUCGCCGGUAAACAGGCUGGCAGGAAGGAGUAUGCAAAGGCUAAAGGCAAGAAGUGACCCGUGUUGACUGUGGUGGUCAGAUAAUAGACUAGUGCUGCAGUGCCUUUGUGGGCAGGUGCUGGGCCGUGACUGUAAAACUGUUGUUGGCCUUGGACUGUUCAAAUGUUUGGAAGAAUGGGUCCCAGGCCCCCCCCCCCCCCCUCCUCCCCUCCCCCCUCAUGGCAAGCCGAAGACACCAACCCAUCAUUUUGGUCCUUGGUGUUUGAUUACUCACAGGUGAAGUAUCCUGAGUCACUGGUUUUGAAUGUAUUCAUUAGACAGUCAACCAUCUUGUGUGCUAAACAAGAAGUACUUAUGCACACAGUUAGCACGGUUAGCUGUGCACCCCCUCAAGGGCUCGACCCUCUGUUUUGUUUACAUGAGUUUUGGUUUGUUUUGUUUAGGAUAGCAAGUCAAGUAUUUUAUGCCUGUCUAUCAGUUCAUGUUCAGUUUUGUGCUAAACAAGAAGUACUAAUGCACACAGUUUGACAUCAAUAUAGGGAGCCAGGCCCUGCCUUCUGUUUGUUUUGUUUUGUUUAGCAUAGCAAGUCAAGUAAAUAAAGCCUGACUAUCAGUUUAUGAUUAGUUAUAGUGAUGAUGUAACAUAUAAACCACCUCCUUUUCUGAAGAAUAAACAACAUGAACUGUA